AUGUACUGCCUCCGGACCUUCCUCCCCCUCCUGCUCCUCCCACUGCCACUCUCCCUCAGCCCGAUCCACCUCGCGACCUUCCUGCUCCUGACCUACAUCCUCGCGCGGCCGUGCUCAUACUGCUCCUUCCUGCUCGUCAUCCUCUUCGCCUCCUCAUGCUACUGGAGCGGCCGCUGUUUCUGGGAGAGUCCUGUGGUAGAGCCCACAGGCGCAAUAUCCGCAGGCUGUAACGGCACGGGCGUCGAGCAGUGGGCAUGGCUCCCAUACUUCCUCCCUCGCCUCUAUACGACACCCUCGCCCUCGAUACCCACCUCGGCCUCCAGCGUCAACGCCACCGCCAAUACCGGAUCCACUGAAGACUUCACCUCCUUCCUCCUCGACCUCACGAACAGCACGCUCUCGACCCUCGGUUCAUCCGCGGCUUCGAGUGUCAUGGCCUCCUCCAGCGCGAUGCUGGCCAAGGUUGCCCCAUCAAUAUCGAUCCCGACGACGUCCAUGGCGGGUGCGGUCGGCACACAGUGGCUUGGCAAGUUAUUGGGGCGAGGGGAAUGGACGCUUCCGUGCGUUGGGGUGAGGGUUGUGCUGUAA